CAAGGGGCGCUAAAAGAGUCCUUUGCAUGAACGGUUCUAGAUCUAGCUUUCCCGUUUAAAGUCAACUCUGUCCCAUGUCCUGUCCAUCUUUUUUAUUUUGUUUUGCCGUUGAUUUUUGAUAGUAUUUGGGGACGCCAAGGAAAGAGAAGGGAAGAAGAAGAAAGGCCAAAGAAGAGGGAAAAAGUUUAAUACUAAUAAUACCUAAUCACAACCGCCGACAUCCCCGCCAUGGUAACAUUACGCCUCCUCACGGUGGCACUUGCCACAUGCCUACCAGCGGCUGCCAACGGUCAACACCUGCAACAUCUACAACAUCUACAACAAUUACAACAAGAACGUCAGAACGACCUCCAAACCCGACAAGCAAUCGUCUCGACUAGCUGCCACGACUACCAACUAUUCAUUGCUCGCGGUAGUGACGAGCCGUACCCAGGGCGCGCAUCCACCCUGAUCCGUGACGUGUGCGGCAAACUCACCAAAGACGGCAAGGUUACGUGCGGUUAUGAGGACAUUGUUUUCAAUGCAAACGUCAGCACGGCACCGGCGCCGGCGUACUGCGUCUCGACGGCCGAGGGUUCUUCAAACGGCCAGCAGCAGAUGAAGACGUACGCAAGCAAAUGCAAGGAUUCCAAUCUUAUUCUGAUCGGGUACUCGCAGGGUGGGAUAGUUGCGCAGGAUGUGAUGGGUGGUGGUGGUGGGCCCCUUUUCGAGUGUGACCAGGCUACCAACGGCCCAUUAAAAAAGACGGAGUCACCCGGAUCACAAAUCGUCGCAGCUUUGACCUUUGGAUCCGUCCGUCAUACUCCAAACCAGCCCUUCAGCUUCGGCCCGGGAGCCAACUUCCCCGGCGUCCGGCCGCGGGAGGGCGACCAGCUCACGAACCUUAAGGUUUACGAGGAUCGGUACCGGGACUGGUGCAACUCCAACGACCCCAUCUGCGCCGUCGGCUCCAAGCCCGUCAUCAUAGACAACCACCUCAACUACUUUCAGGUCUUUGGUGAGGAGGCAGCCACCUGGCUGGCCGAGACGGCUGUCAAGAACAGCAAACAAAAGGGCGGCGAUGGCGGUGAUGAUGGUGGUGCGUCGUCGUCUGCGGUAAGCAAGCCCACCGAGUCGUCCGCCCCGCCUGCCGAGACGGCAUCCUCGACCGGGCAGCCUGGCUCGUCGUCGACGCCCAGUGCCGGCGCGGCAAAGGAUGGUGGGCAGAGUAAUGGCGGGCAGGAUAAGCCCGAGGAGAAGUCCGGCGCGGGCAGGAGUAUAGCCGCGCCGGUGCUGGUGUCGGUGCUCUGCAUCCUUGCGACUUUUGCCGUGUCUUUGUAGGAUGUUUUUGUUGGGUAUUCUUCUUUUUUGGAGUUUUGAGCGUUUGCUGUCUAUAUCAGUUUUUAAUGAUAUUAUUUUCCCAUGUUACCUAGUUUCUUGUUUUGUUCUAGUCGGGUAUGUCAUCUGAUCUUGCCCUUGAUGCAACAUAUUCUUAUUUUCAACCUUAACAGCUAAAGCUAGCUUUCCCUCUUCUUUGGCCCGAAUUUGAUCAGUUUCAUGUUUAUUUAUUUUUAAUUUCCUCAUUUGUUUAUUUGCAAGCACUAUAAUCUUUCCACAACGUCUACAUGACAUGUCCUACUCCUCUUCUUCAACGUCCACUAA